GCAUCUUCAACGCGCCUUCUCUCCAAGCACUCCCUCCGCUUCCCAAUCUUCUCAAACCGCUACCAUGUUCAAGAAAGACAUAACCUCCGGCGCGAAGUCGAAGGUAAAGUCUUCCGUGCAGCGCACCAUCCGCCAGAAGGUCCUGGACACAUACCCGCUCCUCGAGCCGUACAUUGAAGACAUUAUGCCCAAGAAAGAGCAACUCGACCUUGUGAAACUACCAGAUCGCGUAUCCCUCUACACUCUGCAGUCGACUCCGCUCUUCUUCCAGCACAUGGACGACGCCAUCUUGCCACACCUUGCUAUCGUCCACCGCUACCCAAACUGCUUCCCCAGGCUGCGCAUUGACCGCGGCGCCAUCCGCUUCGUGCUCUCCGGCGCAACCCUCAUGGCGCCAGGCCUGACGUCGCCAGGCGGUCGCUUGCCCGGAGAUCCAGAAGAUACCGAGGGAAAAUAUGGCAAGGAAGAACUGGAAGCAGGUACGCCGGUCGUGAUCGAGGCCGAGGGUAAAGAGAUGGCGUGCAUGGUAGGCGUACUAAAAGUAGGCACGGCGGAAAUGAAGAAGACGAAGAAGGGCCAGGCCUGUGAGGCGGGGCAUUAUCUGGGAGAUGGACUGUGGACCCUUUCAUUAUGAUGAGGGGGUUAUGGGCGCGAGGCAAGCUUGCAAUUGUGGUCUUGGCGGAAUAGAGACCCUUUGAAGUACUAGAUAUACCAAAGCAAGGCUUGGAGGAGCAGCGUGCGUUUUGCAUAUCAAAGGCGGUCAUAUCGAAUGGUCGCUUGUACCAGGACCUGGCAGACUUGAAAGAACAAUCCGUCGGGCCUGUUUUGGUUGCGAUGAAGGAACGCGUGCGUCGUCCCCUUUACGUCUCAUAUUGCACGGGGACUUUAGAGCCUUUCAAAAGUCACUUUGUGCUGAUGUUGAGUAUACGCUCCUCAUCUAGAGAGCAUGAUGAGCAAGGACAUUUGCUUGAGUAUCAUUUGGUAUCAUAGUUAUUACCGUCUAAUCAUGUGGUGAUACUAUC